CGGCUUUCUUUAACACCUUGUCAUUUUAAUAAAGAAACAGAGUGCUUGACGUCAUGCGAGCGAUGAGUACUUAGCAAAUGUGAUUUAUUUUAUUUAGUGGUGUUUUUAGUGGACAAUCAUUAAUGUUUCUUGUUAAGUAGCAAAAAUGGAGACUGAAAGAAUGAUAGAAGACACAAUGCCGCCUCAGCAAGUGACGUCGCUGACGAGCCUCGACACGGGCGUGCGGCCGACGCCGAGCAGCGCCGCGUACACCGCCGAGCGAGACGCCUGUCUCAACUACUUCUCAAGAUGGAACGAGACCGACCAGGUGGAGUUUGUGGAGCAGCUGCUGGCGCGCAUGUGCCACUACCAGCACGGGCACAUAAACGCUUACCUCAAGCCGAUGCUGCAGCGGGAUUUCAUCAGCAUGCUGCCCAAGAAGGGCCUGGACCACGUGGCGGAGAACAUCCUGUCGUACCUGGACGCGUCGUCGCUGUGCGCGGCGGAGCUGGUGUGCCGCGAGUGGCUGCGCGUGAUCUCGGAGGGGAUGCUGUGGAAGAAGCUCAUCGAGCGCAAGGUGCGCACCGACUCGUUGUGGCGCGGACUCGCCGAGCGGAGGGGAUGGAUCGUGUACCUGUUCAAGCCGAAACCAGGUUGCCAGCAUCAGUCCCACUCGUUCUACAGACAAUUAUAUCCAAAAAUAAUAAAGGAUAUACAGUCGAUCGAGGACAACUGGAGGAUGGGGAAUCACAAUUUGCAGAGGAUAAACUGCAGGUCCGAGAACUCGAAGGGCGUAUAUUGUUUGCAAUACGACGACAACAAAAUAGUGUCCGGCCUCAGGGACAACACGAUCAAGAUAUGGGACAGAAAAACAUUGCAAUGCGUCAGGGAGCUGCAGGGCCACACCGGGUCGGUGCUGUGCCUGCAGUACGACGAGCGAGCCAUCAUCUCCGGCUCGUCGGACAGCACCGUCCGCGUGUGGGACGUGUCCACCGGCGCCAUGCUCAACACGCUCAUCCACCACUGCGAGGCUGUGCUGCAUCUGCGGUUCUGUAACGGCAUGAUGGUCACCUGCAGCAAGGACCGUUCGAUAGCCGUAUGGGACAUGACGUCCACGACGGAGAUCAUGCUGCGGCGCGUGCUGGUGGGCCACCGCGCCGCCGUCAACGUGGUUGACUUCGACGAGAAGUACAUCGUCAGCGCCAGCGGCGACCGCACCAUCAAGGUGUGGAACACGUCGUCGUGCGAGUUCGUGCGCACGCUGAACGGCCACAAGCGCGGCAUCGCGUGCCUGCAGUACCGCGACCGGCUCGUCGUGUCCGGCUCGUCCGACAACACCAUCCGUCUGUGGGACAUCGAGUGCGGCUCCUGCAUACGCGUGCUGGAGGGACACGAGGAGCUCGUCAGGUGUAUACGGUUUGACAACAAGAGAAUAGUGAGUGGAGCGUACGACGGCAAGAUCAAGGUGUGGGACCUGCCCGCCGCGCUGGACGUGCGGACGCCCCACCAGGACCUCUGUCUGCGGACCCUCGUGGAGCACACGGGGCGCGUGUUCCGAUUGCAGUUCGACGAGUUCCAAAUCGUAUCGUCGUCGCACGACGACACCAUCCUCGUGUGGGACUUCCUCAACUACGAGUCGGGCUCGCCCGCGCCCGCGCUGCCGCCCGCCGCCGCGCCCGCCGCGCCCGCCUCCAACAGGUAAAUGUCAAGAGGCGCGGCGAUACAACGACGUGCGACAAAUAACAAAACUACUACUACUAUAGUGAAAUGCGAGGCGUCGGCGACGGUCGCGGGACUGCAGGAGGCGGGGACACAACAAGCUCACAAUACUUGAUCUACAAACAUGUUACAUGAUUAACAGAUUGGAACAUCAUCUAACCACAUAUGUCAGAUUGAAUGUCUGUAGUGAGACAAUACGGACCAGAAACUAGAAAAUUAAAUGUACAAAACAGGAAGUGUUACCGUACCUAGUGAUUGUGACAAAACGAUUGGACGGCCAUUGUUAUUAUUUAUUGAGUGUUUUAGUUGACUGUAACAGUCCUGGUUUUGUUCUAAAAUUGUUGUUAUCCCCGUUGUGUGAGCCAGACGUCCCCAGAGCUAACGCCUCGUUCACACCGAGCGGACGGCGCGCGUUCAUUCGGCGCUGACGCGCGGCGUCACGUGCAUACACCAUUCAAAUUUAAAUAUAAACGGCAAGUAGACUAUACAUUUCAAGGAUGGAAUGAACUAACGAAAAUAGCAGCACACCGCCAAUUUUAUCGUGUACAUUAGUGGACUAUAGGUAAGUUCUUUGGAACAACGGCAUAGUUUAAGUGACACAUGAUUUCUUUUUCGUGCGGUAAUAUUACAACAAUUGAUACGUUUUAUCACUGCUUAUGAGAAUGAUUAUACAAUAAGGAUUGGUAGAUAGAAAAUAAUGUGGACUGUUUUUUUACUAGAUCUUUCGACUUGGUCGAAAAUUGUUUAUAGAUCUCUGCCUUUGUACGGGCGACGAGGUUACCCGCAUAAUAUUACUCGCGAAUAUCGUGUGUUCGGUUCGUCUGAUCGAGGAUUUCAAGUUUUAAUAAAUAAUAUGUGAGUGACGCAGUGACGCUCGGUCUGUGCCGGACGCAGUUAAAGUCGGCUGACAGUCGAUGGACAGGUGAGAACGUGGUGUUUGGAGGCGCGCGCACUGCCGACUGUGACAUUAAACUUAUAGGGUGUUUGACUUAUUUUUACUUAUAACUUUUGUAAAAUAUGAACGUCGAUUAAAUUCUAAAAGAGAAAUAAUUGAAAUCUGGUGAAAAAUUUACUUGUUUGAUCAAUUGAAAUUUGGUAGUAGGAGUGAGUGUCAAAAAACAGAAAAGGGAUGAAAUAUUUGCUUGUGACGUCAUCGGGCAUGAUGCGUGCGAAAGAAAAAGAUGGAGAGAUGUCCCUGCUCCUGCAAGUAGCAAUAUCUGAAAUUUGAAUUAUUGCCUUAUCUCUUAUCCAAUUUUAAUGCUGUGUUCACAAAAGGAUUAUUUUUUGUACCAAUUGCUGUUACAUAUAAAGAAAUGCACAAAAUCAAACAGUCAAAUACCCUAUUGACAGUAUGGUAGUGUACCUUGCCGUGGAAGUUAUUAAAUAAGUAGAAUAGUAUUUAUAUCCCACGCUGUGGCGUUCCCGCUCAAUGCCGUGUGACGUGGAUUAGAUCUGAUACAAACAAACGACUGAUUUUAUGUUUGAUUCGACAGAACACCGUGAUGACGCGCGACACGCCAACACUCUGAUCGCGUGACGUUUGAGAUUGGUCAAUAAUUGAGUUAUAUUUAUUUUGUAAGAUACAAAUACAUCAUCAAUGUUAGAGAAGUUUGUUAUUAUUCCCUGCAAGUGCGUCGCCAAGGGUGGGCAGGAAGAGGCAGUCCCCCCCCUAGAGAUUCUAAAAAUGUUGCCAAAUUUAAAGCAACUAAAGUCCUAAGUCUUGGACUCGACUUGCUUGGUCGAUCAUUCCCGUAAGCUCAAUUACGCUCUGCUCUGUGUUAUUGUGACAGCAGGAGAGGGCCAGUGAGGGAG